AUGCAAGAAACGUUCCAAGAUUUAAUACGCCGUGACUUCUUUACAAAACUCCCCCUCGAUGCUUUGUUCCGUGUCAUGCAAAGUGAAGACUUGCAUGUUCAAACGGAGGAUCAGGUAGUCUUGGCGAUUUCGCAGUGGAUAGGUGCCCAAAAACAUGCUGAUGGAACGGAACGGCUUCCAGAACUGCUUCGCGAAAUUCGCUGGAAUGCUGUAUCCAAUGAAAUCCGGGGGCGUUUUGCGUCUGACGAAAAUUGGCUCAAAAUAUUCCCAUAUUUCGGCAAUUAUAUGAAAGAAUGUGAGUCCUGGUGCAGGAGCGCAGGCCAUCGUCUUACUCCCUCUCCGUUUAAUCAAAAAGCCAGAUUCUACAAUAAGAAAAUCACGCUUUUGGUGGGAUUUGAAAGCCAUCUCCCUUCGCCAAAAUAUACAUUCGCGGUCCAUGAUGUGAGUAAACCGAGGGAGAACAAGAUUAUUUGUGAAAUAAAGGGUCGUAGGUACGCGUCGACCAUUGCUUUUCGGGACAAGAUAGCGAUUAUUGGUGGUUACAAACGCCAUCCGUCCAAUGCGGUAACGAUUUUCGAUGUGCCAACCCAAAGGAUGAAACCGGCUGCUCCAAUGACUGUUGCCCGGACUGAGUGUUCCGCUGCGCGAUGUGGUGACUUUAUCGUGGUGUUUGGAGGAAAAGAUGCAAUGCGGAGAAACCAUGCUACUUGUGAACUGUUUAGGCCUUUGAAAAACGAGUAA